AUGCCCACGUACCCCGCAUACACCUAUACCACUGGGGAGGCGUACCCCGUCGUUUGGGCACUGUACCUCGUCCCAUGCGCCAAGGCCUCGUCGUCGAGAGUCGGUCCUUCCCCCCUUGGACUACCCGUGCUCUCGCUGCCGUCCCCGUCGAUGAUAGCCACGCCUCCGCCGGGCAUGCCCCGCCCCCGCUGCACACCGCCGGAAGCUCCGCGACCCGGCGUCGUGCCCCUCCCCGAGGUCAAAUCGCCCCGCGCAGGCCCGUCGCGGCUCCACGCCGCCCCUCCGCCACCCUCUGCGUCGUACGCGUACGCGCCCAUCGCGGCCCCCGUCCCCACACACCCGCGCAUCGGCGCGCAUAUCCUCGCCCCCACCGCGACGGCGCACCCGCCUCAGUCGCACCGCGGACCUACGCGCCUUCGGCCCCCGAUAGUCGACCCGCUCCUCGCCGUGGCAGGAACCUCGCACUCCCGUCCGCGCCUCGAGUGGGACCUGGCCAACGAGCGCACCUCCACCCGCGUCGCCGCCGCCGACCUGCAGCGCCCCGCCGCCGUGCUCGACGUCGCCGCCGGUUAUACCCGCCACGGCACCGCGCAGCCGCGACCGGCGCGCUCCAUCACGCUCGUCUUCCCUCGAUUGCCGCUGCGGAUCGUCGUGCACCCCACUGGCGUCGACAGCGGUGACCGCCACCACGGCCACGACUCACACGCACCGCGCUACGUGACCGUGGGGGACGUCCUGGGCACGCUGCACCACGCGCUGCACGCGCCGCUCCCUCCCGAAGAGUGGGCGGCGCUGUCACCGCGGGAGCAGACACACUUGGCCUCCCGUGUGGCCUCGCGGAGGCGAGCCGAAGGGUUUUGGACAGAGACGAACGCGCUCACCGAAAAGGCAGUGAAGUCCAUCGACUUCCUGGGUCGGAGGCGGCGGUUUGCUGGUAUUCGACCUGCGAAGCGGGGAGAGGCGCCUAUCGAUGUGAGGAUGGAUGGAGACUCGAGCGUGUUUGUUGUCGAGACGGAAGCGGUGGACUCGUAG